CACUUUUUAACCCCUAUCCAAAGCAGUUAGCAGAAUCCUACGGGUAUAAGGCAGAGGGAAGGGCAGUGGCUUCAGCAGAUGUACCGAGCAUGCUCAGAUGAGCUGCUCAGGAUGCUCAGCACGCCAUCAAGUUACAGUGAAGAUGAAGGUUCUUUCAUUCUGUCCUAGCUCCGCAGUGAGCGCCUCUCUGCCUAAUUUGAUCAUUUUCUUCAUUACUUAUCACAUUCACAAGCUGGAAUCAGCCCAGUUCAGAGUGAUGGGUCCUAGUCACCCUGUCACUGCCAUUGUGGGUGAGGCUAUUGUUUUACCCUGUCACGUGUCCCCCAGGAUGAGCGCUGUGAACAUGGAGGUGAGAUGGUUCCGAUCUGAGUUCACUUCAGUUGUUCACCAGUAUCAUGAAGGAAAGGAUCAGUAUGGAGAGCAGAUGCCAGACUAUCAUGGAAGGACAGAGCUUUUGAAAGCUGGCAUCACGGAUGGGAAUAUUUCCUUGCAGAUUCUUAAUAUCAGACCCUCAGAUGAAGGACAAUACAACUGUUUUGUUCAAGAUGGUUCUUUUUAUGAAGAAGCCCUAUUGGAACUGAAGAUAGCAGCUUUGGGCUCCAAUCCUCUCAUCUCUGUGGAGAGUCACCAGGAUGGAGGGAUCCGGGUGGUUUGUCAGUCGGCUGGGUGGUACCCAGAGCCCAAGGUGCUAUGGAGAGAUCGCAGUGGGCAAGAAUUACCAUCACUGUCUGAAGCAAAAUCCCUAGGGGUUAGUGGCCUGUUUGAAACAGAAAAUUCUAUUAUUAUAAAAGAACGUUCAAACCAGAACCUGUCCUGUUGGAUCAGGAACACCGUUCUCAAUCAAGAAAAGGAAUCAACAGUUUAUAUAGCAGGGAAACAUCUUGGAGAAAUCAGGAAACGUGAUACAGAAAUCGACGAGCUCUCAUCUCUGACUCUGUGUUUCCAGGGCUGGGAAGUUCUGCGCCACCUGUACAAGAAGGCUGAGGGGGCAGCAAAUGUGACUCUGAAUCCAGAAACGGCUCAUCCCGAACUCGUCCUGUCUGAGGAUGGGAAAAGUCUGGUGGUGGUCUCGUUCCUCGCGUCUCCUGCAGCGACACGUGGCUGCCACGAGCGCCUGGCUCGGAUGCAGCAGCCUUGA